AUGGUGGCCUUCACCGGAGGUUCCGCUGGAAGUCGAAACGUCGCCACCCUCCUGGUGUUGCGAUUCUUCAGUGGCACAUUCGGUGGCUCACCGUUGGUCAAUUCGGGCGGUGCCAUCGCAGACCUCUUCCCCCCGGCUCAGAGAGGCCUCGCCAUGACACUGUACUGUGUCGCACCGUUUCUUGGUCCCAUCCUCGGUCCGAUCGUUGGCGGGUUCGUCUCCGAAAACGUUGGAUGGAGAUGGGUCCAGGGGGUGUGCUGCAUCUUUAUCGGAGUGAUAGGUAUCAUCGGCGUCAUCUUCGUCCCGGAGACAUAUGGCCCGGUGCUGUUGAUCAGGAGGGCAAACCAACUGUCCAAGGCUAAUGGUAAGGUCUACAUCAGUGUUCUCGAAAAGAACCAAGGCAAGAAGAAGCCGUCAGAGGUCUUCCAGCGAGCUCUCAUACGGCCUUGGGUCCUGCUCUUCCGGGAGCCCAUCGUCAUGGUUGCCUCACUCUACAUGGCCAUUAUCUACGGCACCGUAUACAUGUUCAUGAGCGCCAUGCCCAUCGUCUACAACGAACAACGCGGCUGGAGCGAGGGCAUCGGCGGGCUCGCCUUCAUGGGUAUUGCAGCCGGUAUCAUCAUCGGAUUAGUCUACGCCAUCUACGACAACAACAGACGUUAUACAAAACUCCUGCUAUCGAAAUCAGCAACUGCCGAAUCCCGACUCCCACCCGCCAUCGCUGUCGCCCUACCAGUCGGCAUGUUCGGCUUCGCCUGGACCAAUUACCCCCGCAUCCACUGGUCCGUCAGCAUCAUCCUCUCCGCACCCUUCGGCUUCGGCUGCGUUCUCGUCAUCCUGCCGAUGGUUAACUACUUGAUUGACGCUUACACCAUCCACGCACGCCUCCGUCCUUGCAGCCGCGGCCAUCUUCCGCUCGAUCGUCGGCGCCGUGUUUCCCUUGUUUACUACCCAGAUGUAUGA